CCACUCUUUUAUUUGGUUGUUGCUCAUUUGAAUUCUAUAUUUCCCUAAGCAAAUCAAUGUGGAGUAGUCUCAAACUCACUUCCUAGAGAAUGAUCCUACUAAAUGUACUAGAUUCUGUAAUGCUGCUUGUGAGUGUAAAGAAUUUACACAUUUACAUAUAUAAGUACAUUUAAUAAGCAACCUAGAAAGUUAAGGCAUUAUUUUAGCCCCAAAACGUUCUCUCGAGCUCACACGAGUCUCCUGCUGAACCCUAGGUGUAUCCAUAGUAUGCAAAGCGGCAUCUGAACAUAUCCAGCCGUCUCGACAGCACGGGAAUAGAAGAGGCGAUGGAGUGGAAUUAGAAGAUACUGUGCUGAUGGCCUCUAAGCUGCUGGACAGACUUCGCCGCUCGCUGUUCAAAGAGGGAGAGCUCCAUGUGGACACGGAUGACACCGAUGACUUUCCAGAAAGCUCUGAACUCGAGGAUGACACGGACAACGUUUCAGCCAGGCUCAGUGGGACGCUCUGCUUUGACGGUGAUGGUGUUCUGGAUUCGGAAGAUGCGGGCGAAACAUCUGGCCCGGACAGUGAUUCGGACUGCUUUGCAGAGUCCAUAGAUAACGCAUGCAGCAGCACAGAUAUAAGCCCCACUGGCCCGACUCUAAAGGGCUCAAGCAUGCUCACACGGCAGCUACAGGAGAGCUGGAGAAAUCUGCGCACUCGCUGUGUGAUGGAAAAGCUUAUUUUUGAAGUGACCGAUGCCAGCGUAGUACAAGAGGCAAACUCCAAAUAUGUGCUUUACACAAUUCAUGUCAUCCACUCUGGCACAUUUGAUAAAACCCCUGCAGUCAUCGCGCGCCGCUACACCGAUUUUGAGCGGCUUCACCAUGUCCUGCGAAGGAAUCACAGAGAAGCCAUGGAUGGAGUCCACUUUCCACGCAAGAAGCUGCGGCGAAACUUUGCAGCCGAGACCAUCGGCAAGAGGAGCCGUGCUUUUGAGCAGUAUCUCUCGCACCUGCACUCGCUCACCGAGGUGCGAGUUUCACCUGCCUUCCUGGAGUUCUUUUACCUGGGCGAGGUGCGCAACGGGCAGACGCUGCUGUGUUCCGGUCGCCACGAGGAAGCACUGGGCACUCUUGUUAACGCCCUGCGCCUACAGGAAAAACUGGACUCGCCGCACAGAAUUCACCGGCUCUUCACACUCUCCGCCCUGGCGAGUUGCUACCAGGAGCUGGAGAGGCUGAGCGAUGCACAGGAGCACUGCGAGCAAGCCCUCAACAGACUGGUUCCCUCGAUGGACCUGCAAAAGACACAGCAAAAGCUCCACCCACUUCUAGUGCCGCUUCUGCAGGCCAACGUUCGCCUGUGCUGGAAGAUUUCCAAGGACAAGCGGCGCUGGGAGGCACUGCUGCAUGAGAUCCAAGAGCUUGGAGUUGAUGUUGAGAAUCAGCCCGAUUUAAAGGAGUGUUUAGUUAAAGAGAACCUUUUAGAAAGCAAGGGGUAGUUCAGGGCAAACCCACGUAGGGCAUUUUAACACUGAUGUCAGAUUUGCAGAGAAUAAUCAUAUCAUAGUAUGACACAGAUAAAGGCAUACCACUAUUCUUACUGUUUUUAUCAUGUUUUGCACACUAGUACGUCAAAUAAUCACUAUACUUGGAUGUGAGUUUAUGCAGCGAGUUUAAAACCGGUUAAAAACGGUUUUAAGCACAGCCUUAGUAGAAAUCUAUUUAUAUAAAGUAUGAUUUAUUUUUAUAUAGUGCCCAGGUAUUGUUGGGUGCAGCACAAUGUUUUAUUGAUCAAAUGCAUUAAGGGAAAUAUGUCGAUGGAGAACUUUUGAUAUUUUAAUGAAAGGGUUUUUACUGUUUUUAGUCACAGAUUUGCUAGUUUACUUUACUCAUGUUUCCCACUAAUGUUUGCUAUAAUUAGGAAAUGAUACAAAUUGAUAUUUUUGUGUAUUUCUGUUCAUUAUUAAGAUGAAAAUGAAUGCCCUAGACUCAUUGGCAGUUAUUCUCUAGUUGCAUUCCUGUAGUGAAACCUUUCUGUGGUUCCCAAAUUUAUAAUCACUUCAUGUGGUUAAAAGUCUGCUGGCUGUAAUUUUUUUUUUUUUUUUCUGCACUGUAGAUGUUUUUAAAGAAUUGUUUUCAACUAAACGGCACACAUGCACUACAUUAUCCCCACAAGACUUUAUUUAUUUAACUUUUAAUCAAAUGCCUGUAAAUGUUUAAAGCAGAAAGGGAAUGAAACAUGGUCUAAUGCAUGCACUCCUUUUUCAACCACUUUUAGUUUACAUGAAACAUGUGAAUGAAUUCCUUUUCUCUUUUCGUUCUAAUAAAAUACAUCUCAUCCA